UCGCAAAAACUUGCAGCCCUUAUUCCGAAUCGUUUACGAGUAAUGUGUGAUUGACAGCCCAAGGUCUAAACUGCACUGAAGGCUCUCUUCGGUUCUGUCUUGUUCUGAGCCGCCGGGAAGCAUUCGCUGCAUACUGCUAUGGGGCUUUCUAUACAGUCUACACAUUUUAGAUGUAUGAAUAACAAAGAUCACUCUCCGUGUGAUGACAUCGGCAGUCGCAUGAAAGCGUUAGCUAUAACCCUUCCGCCUAUUUUAACCUGUUUCCCAUAUCAUCAUCACAUUGUUUGCUCCUAAUAUCUCGGGUUCAAUAUCAGCGCCAGCGCCUAAACUCCCAAACACUACGCAGCGCGUCACCCAGUAGGGGCCUAGUAGGAACAUGCUAUCGCUGGAUGCUACUCGAUCGAAGAGGACUGCCAUGAGUGCAGCGAGCAUAGAUGCGGACAACCACACCGGAUCGGCGCGAUCCACGAGCCCAGAAAAAAGCGUGCAUAGUAAGUAGCUUCAAAUUCAAGGCAAUAUUCAACUUGAGUGUAUACAUCAAGAACAUCGGUGACACGUCUUACGAGCGUCGACAAAUGCCCCAGGAAGACCUCGAAACAAUUCUACUCCAACUCCAGAACGACCUCAUCGAAACCGUGCGCAUGGUUCGACCUUCGCGGGACCGACUGGGCCAUCGAUCGUUGGAUGAUGAAAGCACAGAAGGCGGUAUUGAACUGGCUAUUAAGACGUGUAUCAAUAGUUGUCUGUCCAAAUGGAGUCCUCCGUCCAAACGCAACUCAUCAUCACAAGCCGAGACAUCCACGUCGCAAAUCACCGGCACCUUUGAUUCCACAUUACUUUCAGAUGGUACUGGCUCGGUGGCUUCAUCUGCUACCAAGCAUUUCAAUAAUCAUACAUCAGAGGGACAAAAUAAGUCAAGUACAUUAGCACAAAUCCCAGAGCCGCAGCCACCAGCCGGUCCAAUCUUACCCCCUCAUAUCAUAAACGAGAUUAGACGACUGAUCAGACAAGAGUUGGCAAAGUGCUUGCAACGCCUGUCCUAAAUGACCACUCUAAAAGCUCUAAAAGCGACACUCCUGCUGUUGGCCUUUCACAAGCUGACACGCGCCCUCGCAAUACUUCCCACGACAGAACGAGGUUUUCCGA